UAUCUGCGUGAUUGAUUGUAAUUGUCGGCUCGCUUAUCAAUUGUUUAAAUUAAUUUAUGCCUGAACAUCUCAUAAUAGUCUCUGAGUAAAGUAAAGUAAGAGAAUUAGUGAUAGUGAACACAAAAGUUGUGAUUAACAACAAAAAAUUAUAUUUAAAUUUCGAAGUAUUUUGAGAAAAUGAUAAAAGCAGUAGCAGUCAUCACUGUGAGUGACACCUGUUUCAAAGAUAAUUCCAAAGAUGAAUCUGGUCCAGCACUUUGCCAUUUAGUUAAAAAAUUAUUUCCUGACUCCAAUUUACACACAAUAAUAGUACCUGAUGAACGAGAAAUGAUUGAAAGGGAACUGAAAUAUUUUUGUGAUAGUAAUCUAGACUUAAUUCUAACAACAGGAGGAACAGGUCUAAGCCCAAGGGAUGUCACUCCAGAGGCUACAAAAGUUGUUAUACACAAAGAAAUUCCCAGUAUAUCUGUAGCCUUAACUCUGGAGAGCUUAAAAAAAACUCCUAUGGCUAUGCUUUCAAGAUCUGUAGCAGGAUUGCGUGAUAAAACUUUAAUCGUAAAUUUACCAGGAAGCAAAAAAGCUGUCUUGGAAUGCUUUGAAGUCAUCAAACCAAUUCUGCCUCAUGCAAUAGCAUUAGUACGGAAUGAAUUGUCAGAAGUUAGAACAAUACAUGAUUCAUUGCAAUUUAGUCAUUUGUGUCCACAUAGGAGCAACGUAGAUAUUACAAAGAUAGCACUAAGACCAAGAGCAUCCCCAUAUUCAAUGAUUGAAAUGGCUGAAGCCUGUAAGAUUGUAGAUUCAGUAAUGGGACAGUGGAAUGAAAUGUUAGAGAUUGUACCUUUAGAUCAAGCACUUGGUAGGGUAGUUGCUCAACCUCUGCGUGCAAAAGAGCCAAUGCCGCCAUUUCCAGCUUCCGUUAAAGAUGGGUAUGCGUGUCUGAGUACGGACGGUGUUGGGCCUAGAAAAGUGAAUGCUGCUAUUACAGCGGGUGAUGCUCCGACUACACCGCUUUGUAUGGGCGAGUGUGUGCGCAUCAACACCGGCGCUGCAUUACCGGCUGGUGCCGAUUGCGUUGUACAAGUUGAGGAUACGAAAUUGCUAUUAGCGUCUGACGAUGGCGUGACUGAGUUGGAAAUCGAGAUACUGAUCGCACCAGAGCCAGGUCAAGAUGUUAGACCAGUUGGUUUUGAUAUAGCAAUGGGGGCCACGCUUGUAGACAAAGGCGAAUCUAUAGAUGCAGCUAAAAUAGGAGUUUUAGCGGGAGCUGGUUUCCAGUCGGUCACUGUUCGCGUCGGUCCCACGGUGGCGCUGAUGUCAACUGGAAACGAAUUACAAGAGCCGUCCGAAUUGAAACUCAGGCCAGCACAUAUUCGGGACUCCAACAGAGCGAUGCUGAGCGCCUUGCUGAAAGAGCACGGGUACCAGACUAUAGAUUGCGGUAUUUGUCGUGACUCUCCCGAAGAGCUAGUGGCCGGUAUAUCGGCCGCCCUGACCAAGGCCGACGUGUUGGUCUGCACCGGAGGCGUGUCGAUGGGCGAGAAAGAUUUACUGAAGCCAGUAUUAUUAAACGAUUUCGGUGCAACACUUCACUAUGGACGCGUUCGCAUGAAGCCCGGCAAGCCGUCGACUUUUGCAACAUGCCAGUUUGAAGGAAAAACUAAAUUUAUUUUUGCAUUGCCUGGUAAUCCAGUUUCUGCCUACGUUUGCUGUUUGCUGUUCGUGAUCCGAGGUCUGCGCGUGUGCAGCGGCAAGAGGGGCUCGUGGCCCAGACUCCGCGCCAAGCUCGCGCACGGCGUCGCGCUCGACCCCCGCCCGGAGUACGCGCGGGCCGACAUCGACGUGUCCCAGGACGACGACAUGCCCNACGUUUAUGUUUAUGUCGUACAGUGCAGUAGUCGUCUGUUGAGCGCGUGCGGUGCGAGCGUGCUGGUGGAGUUGCCGGCCGCCUCCCCCGCGCACCCCCGGCUGCCGGCCGGCGCCAUCGUGCCCGCGCUCGUCACCGGGACGCUACACAACAGCGCAGUCUAAUCCCCUAUUCAAAUAUAACUGGCACGUCCUACUAGGUAUUCACAUUUAAAAACACUUCUCUUUGUUUGCAUGUUUUCUCUCUUUUCGAUUCCAUUGCUGCGUAGCAUGUACGCAAAAAUCACACGCGCGUCCGGCGUCCAGAAAUGUAUACGUUUCUACAUCUGCGUGUCUAUUCCUUACGCAGCAUAUUUACGUUUUAACUGACGUUGCUAAAACGCCCCACGCGCGGUCGGGUGUUUAAUAUAAACGAGGGGUUAACGACAACAUCAAACUGUGACUUACAUGCCGUUCUUCAUAUAAAGUGAAGCUAAGUAAAACAUACCAAACGUUCCUGUGCGUAGCAAUGGAACCGCAGAUUUUAAUCUCAAGGUGCAGUGUGCUUAGUGCGAGUUUUUUAACGUUCUCGAUAGUGUAAAGGUUAACCCAAUUUUGUAUGCAGUUAGAACAGCGCCCCUAGCGGUAAACGUAGG